CCAUUGCUGGAGCUACGAGACGAGCUGGUUACGAAUAGAACUACAAUUAUGGAUGGUGGCGAAGAUAAGAACGAAUUUCAAACCAGUGAGAUAAUGGAUAAUACUAUCAUUCUUGUAUCAGAGAAGGACACACUCCAUAAACAGCUACCCUGGUAUUAUGCGCCCAGUUUUCUGCUUUUCUGGGUCGCUCUCUUCUUCGCUGUGGUCUUCCCACUCUUCUACUCGUUGCCCACACCAGUCAACUUAGCGGAGGAGACAAGCAAACCGGGUCAGUUUGUAGCGGAGCGAGCUCAACAGAAAUUACUCGAGCUGGAUCGCAUGGGACCCAAAAUUGUGGGCGAUGAAAUGAACGAGAAGACAAUGGUUGAAUUUAUGCUCAAGGAAAUUGACACAGUGCGUAGCGUGAUGCGACAUGAUUUGUAUGAGAUGGAAGUGGAUGUGCAGCGGGCAUCCGGAGCUUAUCUGCACUGGGAGAUGAUCAAUAUGUAUCAGGCCGUCCAGAAUGUUGUUGUCAAACUGAGCACAAAGAGCUCGAAUAGUACAUCAUAUUUGCUUAUUAACAGUCAUUACGACACCAAACCGGGCAGUGUAGGUACCGGAGAUGCUGCCUUCAUGGUUGUUGCAAUGCUGGAGGUGAUGCGCCAACUUGUCAUGUCUCAGGAUACUUUCGAGCAUCCGAUUGUCUUUCUAUUCAAUGGUGCCGAAGAACAGCCGCUUCAGGGUUCCCAUGCGUUUAUCUCACAGCACAAAUGGUCGCCCAACUGCAAGGCUCUCAUCAAUCUGGACUCUGCCGGUGCCGGUGGCCGUGAGAUACUCUUCCAAGGUGGUCCCAAUCAUCCCUGGCUAAUGCGACACUACAGGGACGCCGCCAAACAUCCGUUUGCAACAACAAUGGCCGAGGAGGUAUUUCAGGCUGGUAUCAUACCCUCCGACACGGACUUUAGGAUCUUCCGCGACUUUGGUCCGGUGCCAGGUCUGGAUAUGGCUGGCCAAUACAAUGGUUUCGUCUACCAUACCAAAUACGAUCGCUUUGAUGUUAUAUCCCGAAAUUCACUACAGAAUACGGGUGAGAAUUUGUUACAUCUAACGCGUAGAAUUAGCAAUGCGGAGGAAAUGCGCGACACUGAGGCGCACUCCGAGGGUCACUCCGUAUUCUUUGAUUUUAUGGGCCUGUUCUUUGUUUACUACUUGGAGUCCACCGGUAUUGCCGUUAAUAUCUGCAUUGCUCUUGCCGGCAUCAUCCUGGUCUGCGUGUCCCUAUGGCGCAUGACAAGGACAACAGAUGUGAAGAUGGGUUCCAUUGCUGGCGCCUUUGGUGUUAUGGUUGGCUUAGAGCUGGUUGCAUUUGUACUGGCUCUGGGUCUGCCACUGCUUAUGGCUGUGUUUUAUGAUGCCGGUAAUCGCACCUUGACGUACUUCACCAAUAGCUGGCUCGUAAUUGGACUCUUCAUUUGUCCCUCAAUCAUUGGUCUGCUGCUGCCUUUCACUCUCUACUACACUUUUAGGCCCAGUAAGAAAAUACCGCACUUUUAUCACCUGCAAAUGGCUGGCCACGCCCACUGUGCACUCUUGGCCCUGCUAUGCAUCAUUGCAACUAUCGCUGGUCUGCGUAGUGCCUAUCUGCUAAUGAUAAGUCUGCUCUUCUAUGCGGGUGCACUGGCCAUAAAUUUGCUUAGCAGGCUGCAUGAUCGCGGUUACUAUUGGUCGCUGGUGCUAUGUGUAUGCCAAGCAAUACCCUUCCUUUACUUCAGCUACUUGUUUCACGCUUUUCUUGUCAUUUGCAUUCCAAUGACAGCCCGUAAGGGAACCGAAGUGAAUCCAGAUUUGCUGAUUGCACUUCUGUGUGCAAUGGGCACAAUACUUGCUCUGGGUUGUUUGGCACCACUAAUUAACAUCUUCCGGCGACCAAAUUGGAUGAUUGGCGGCCUGGCGCUCAUAAUGUUUAUAUUCUGCAUGAUAUCUGUAUCGGAUGUGGGUUUCCCUUAUCGGCGUAAAACGAAUGUGAUGCGGGUUAACUUUUUGCAAGUACAUCGUAGAUUCUACGGAUACGAUGGUUCCAUUAGCCAGGAGGAUUCCGGCUACUAUUUUGACUUGCAGGAUCGUCGUCUGGAACAGCCACUGGCCGACACAAUGGAUUUGACCGGUUUAGUUCACCUGGAGCACGAAUGCGAAAAUCAAAUGAUGUGCGGCGUGCCCUGUUUCAAUCAUCGGUGGUGCGAAGCACGAAAGGCAGCUCGCUGGCUGCCACGCAAGCAGCCUGUCGAGGUGCCCGGCACGACUACCCUCGAGUUAGUCAAUAAGACAAUAUUAGCCGGUGGCUAUUCGAUACGGUAUCAGUUUAAACUAACAGGACCCGCACGCAUGAGUAUAUUCCUGAAACCGUUGGAUGGUGUGAAAAUGUUAGACUGGUCAUUUUUAAGGGGCAUGCUGGAUAACCCGGGCACUUUCAAGCCACCAUAUCACAUAUUCUUUGCCUGGGCCGCGGAUAGCUCACCCAUUGAAUUCGAUUUGGAGUUGGCGAAGGUGAAUGGUAAAUUCGAUGAACCGGUUUUCGAAAUUGGCAUAUCUGGUCAUUAUAUAAGCCAUGUGCAUAGGCGGGAUACGUUUAGCUCACAGUUCAUAACAGAUCUUCCAGAUUUUGUACAUGCCAUGGAAUGGCCAGCAUCUUAUGAUCGCUAUAUAUAUUAAAGAUAUUGUG